CCGGCGCCGGGGCGUGGUCUCGCCCGCGUCGCCGCGCGCCGCGAGACAUCUGCCGCGGCCGUUGGCCGUUCGCGCGGCUUGGGCGGUUGUCUUGGAGAAGCAAGAUGGCGGCGACGGCGGCUGCGGUGGUGGCGGAGGAGGACACGGAGCUGCGGGACCUGCUGGUGCAGACGCUGGAGAACAGCGGGGUCCUGAACCGCAUCAAGGCUGAACUCCGAGCAGCUGUGUUCUUGGCACUAGAAGAACAAGAAAAAGUAGAGAACAAAACUCCUUUAGUCAAUGAGAGCCUGGAAAAGUUUUUAAAUACGAAAGAUGGCCGGCUGGUGGCGAGUCUGGUUGCAGAAUUUCUUCAGUUUUUUAAUCUUGACUUCACCUUGGCCGUUUUUCAACCUGAAACUAGCACAUUUCAAGGUCUUGAAGGUCGAGAGAAUUUAGCCCGAGAUUUAGGUAUUAUUGAAGCAGAAGGGACUGUGGGUGGACCCUUAUUAUUAGAAGUGAUCAGACGCUGUCAACAGAAAGAGAAAGGGCCAACCAAUGGGGAAGGUGCACUAGAUCUGUCUGAUGUACACUCUCCACCGAAGUCACCAGAAGGAAAAACAAGUACACACACAGGUCCCAGUAAGAUACCAAGGUAUACAGGACAAGGUAAGAAGAAGACAAGCGGGCAGAAGUCUGGUGCCAAGGCCAGCAGUGAUGCUAGUCAGAGUGAUACAAGCAUCUCCUCCUCAGAACUCAAAAGUAAAAACAGUCUUCACUUAUUGGCCCAUGAAACAAAAAUUGGAUCUUUGUUAAACAACAAAGGUCUAGAUGACAAAGACAGAGCUGGUCUUUGUCCAGAUGAAGAUGAUAUGGAAGGAGACUCUUUCUUUGAUGACCCCAUUCCUAAACCAGAGAAAAUGUACGGGUGGAGAAGCGAACCUAGUAAGCGAGUCGGAAGCCUGGCAUCGCUCUCCGACGCCCCCCCACUAAAAAGUGGACUCAGCUCCCUCACGGGAGCCCCCUCAUUGAAAGACUCUGAAAGUAAAAGGGGAAACACAGUGCUGAAAGAUCUGAAAUUGGUCAAUGACAAAAUCGGAUCACUAGGAUUAGGGACUGGAGGUGAUGACUACGUGGAUGACUUUAAUAGCCACCGCUCAGAAAAGAGUGAGUUAAGUAUUGGUGAAGAGAUCGAGGAAGACCUCUCCGUGGAGCUAGACGACGCCAAUUCCAGUGACAAACUUGACGACGUGACGCAGGACCUGACCGCAUCCCAGCUCAGUGAAAUCGCGGACUACCUGGAAGACGUGGUGCCCGCAUGAAGGGACGAGGGAGGAAGGACUCUGACCCCCAGACGACAAAGGACUCCACCCAGCUCCUUUUUUUUUUAACAGACAAUCACUGCUGGAAAUGUCUGCUCCCUAUUGGUGCCUUGUGUUCAAAAAGACUGCAGAUAUUUUUAAAAAUUAACUUUUCAUUAUACUAAACAAAACACUUCCUAUUUGAGCCCAUGUGUGGAAGACUUGCUAUUCUUAAUUUGGUCACCUACACAUUUCUCUGCGGAAAUUGGUUACGCUCAAAUUCAUGACUAGGAGCGAGCCCACGAAAAUCCCAGGAUUAAAAGCAUCAUGAAAGGUGUCAAUAAAGCUGUCGGUCCCCACAGCUGUGCGUGCGGCUUCAGCCGUCUGCAGCCAGCGUGUCUGAUGUCCCGUGGUUCUGCAGGCAGCUGGCACGAUGGCUGGUGGCACCAAAGCCUGGCACUAGGUUAAGUGUGAUGUGGCAGCUUUAUUUUGUAUUUCCUUCCAUUUGGAAGGUUUGUUAGACCAUUAAGGUUCUAUUAAAAUUCUCCUGUGUGUGCUGCCUAGCUUUGCUCAUUUUUAAAGAAAUCUAGAGGUGGUUAUGACUUUUAAUGAACGCACUUGUCGCUGGCAGCAUCUGCGGUUGCUGCCUUGUGUCAGUGUGAGGUGCUUUAGUCCCAGGUCAUCGUUGUCGUCAUUGUCAUUGUGGCUCUGAUUUAUUAUUCGUAGAUGCCUAGAAACAUUAAAUACCAAAAUGCAUCUGAAACCAAUAAGCAGUGCUUUUCUUUCAGACCUAUGAGUUGAUUAUAUUAACAUCCAGAUUGGACUGUGACAGUAGUCAUGGCCUAAGACCAUCUCUGGGUUGACAAGCUGUCUGCACUGUACGCAGUUUACUUGUAACCCUUUAAAAACGGCGUCAGCAGGAGCGUUUGAGGCUGCCUCGUUUACACUGUCUGUCGUGCUAUUUAUUUAUGGAGGUUACUGCUGUUUGUGGCGCUGAAGGACUGAAAAGAGCAGUCGGCAGGGAGCAUGCAGAUAGACAUAAGUAAAGCUGUGAUUGUGUGUGAAGUUUUGUACUUUUUAUUUCAAUUACAUUAUGGCUUUUUAUGAAAAGUCACCUUUAUUAAUAAAAGGAGCAAAUUAGACCUAAUUCAUUGAUCUCAGUAGGUGAGCAGACUUGAUGGUUUGUGUAUUGCCAGUUUUCAUUUGUAUUAGCCUCACCAUUACAGAAGUGUUUGCUGGGCCGUGCUGUGUAAAGGGAAGUGAGAAUGGGCGGGUCGAGGUUAUAUAACAUUAGAAUCUGAAUCUAGAAAAUGUAAGUGAAACUGAGCCAUAAACACCAAGAGGAAGCAGAGCAAACGGGCCACGGACCUGCCCUGCCUGUGGGCCGUGAAGCCAGCCUCGUCUGCGCUCUCUGCAUUUCGCGUGUGUGAACAGCGCUGUGUGAAGAUGCAAUCUGUUGCUAGCAGCCCUCCAGUGUGCUUGUUACAAAGUGCAUGUCCUUGGAUGUCACCUCUGUCCAGCCACUUUCUGUAAAACAUUAUAGUUCUGUUCUGGCCCUCUGGAAUCUGUGUCAAAUGUGUGAUUUAUUUUUUAUAUUAUUGAUAGGAGCUAGAUUUCAAUGAAAUGAUUUGAAAGUAUAAUUGGAGGUGGCUUUUUAAAUUUGUGCAAAACUUUUGUACAGUAGCACCUAAAAUUUGACCUUUUCCUUUUACCCAGAGAACCUGACCUUUUGAUAAUAUCUGGAAGGAUGGGGAGAAAAAUGCCCAAUCUGAAACUUCCUUUGUAAUCUGUGCUGCAUACAUCUGAUGGAAUAAUUUCAAAUAACGUACAAUUCAGCUGCAAAAAUGUCUUAUUUACAUAUGUGUUCCUCAAUACGAUAGAUUUUGAGUGUGA